AUGACAAGAGCACUUCCACAGCCUCAAGAAACGUUUUUGAUUGGCAAUCUACGAGAAUUAGAUCCAGAUCGUUUCUCGGAAUCACUUCAGAGACUCCAGGAGCUAUAUGGUGAUAUAUAUCGACUGACUAUUUUUAAAACAAAUGUGGUUGUAUUGUCUAAUCACGAAUUCAUUAAUUUCGUAUGUGAUGAAUCAAAAUUUGAUAAGAAAAUUGCAGCAGGCUUAUUAGAACUGAGAAACGCAGGUGGUGAUGGACUUUUUACGGCACAUACUUCAGAACCAAACUGGAAACUUGCUCAUAAAAUUUUAAUGCCUGCAUUUGGACCACAAGCAAUUCGAGAUAUGUUUCCAGCUAUGAUGGAUAUAUGUUCACAACUUAUUCUUCGAUGGGAACGAUUUCCUGGAGAAGAAAUUGAUGUUUGUGAUAACUUGACUCGUUUGACUUUGGAUACAAUUGCUUUAUGUAGUUUUAAUUACCGAUUUAAUAGUUUUUAUCAAAAAACAAUGCAUCGUUUUGUUGAUGCAAUGAUUAAUGUUCUUGUUGAAAGUGGUCGACGUGCUCAACGAUUUUCUUUACAAAAUACACUUAUGAUGACAACUACACGUUGGUAUAAUAAUGAAAUUGCAUAUCUUCAUAAUGUAUGUGAUGAAAUUGUUCGAGAAAGACGAAAAAAUCCAAAUGAUGUGAAAGAUUUACUUAAUCGAAUGAUCAAUGGUAAAGAUCCAGAAACUGGUUAUCAAUUAUCUGAUGAAAAUAUUCGCUAUCAGAUGCUUACGUUUUUAGUAGCUGGUCAUGAAACAACAUCAGGACUGCUCUCAUUUGCUUUAUAUUAUCUUCUUAAAAAUCCGCAUACUUUACAGAAAGUACAAGUAGAAGUCGAUCAAUAUGGUGAAAUUACAGUUGAUACAUUAAGUAAAUUAAAAUAUAUUGAUGCAGUAUUAAAAGAAACACUUCGUUUACAACCUACAGCACCAGGAUUUAUUUUAACAUCAAAGGAAGAUAGUGUCAUUCUACCAGGUGGUUACGAAGUUCAUAAAGAUGAGAGUAUUAUAGUUGUUUUACAUAAAUUACAUCGUGAUCCAAAAAUAUGGGAUCGACCAGAAGAAUUUGUUCCAGAACGAAUGUUAAAUGGUGGAUUUGAAAAUCUUCCAUUAAAUUCAUGGAAACCUUUUGGCAAUGGUCAACGUUCUUGUAUUGGCCGACCAUUUGCAUGGCAAGAAAGUCUUCUUGCUUUGGCACUUGUUAUUAAGCAUUUCAAUAUUGAAUUUGUUGAUCCAUCUUAUGAUCUUCGUAUUAAACAAACAUUAACAAUCAAACCUGAAGGUUUCAAAAUACGAGUUCGAUCACGUCAACGUGUUGGAAUUUUACUUGAUACAAAUAUAACGCCAGUUAACAAGGCAACUGAAAAAACAUCCAAACAAAAAGAUGAUACAAAACAUCUUCGACCAAUGGCUAUUUUCUUUGGUAGUAAUUCUGGUUCGUGUGAAUCUUUUGCAGCAACAUUAGCAUCUGAAGCACCACUCUAUGGUUAUAAUGCCACGGUGGCUACGCUUGAUUCUGCUGUUAAUUCUCUUCCGAAUGAUCAACCAACAAUCAUCAUUACAGCUUCAUAUGAAGGUAAUCCAUGUGAAAAUGCUAAACAAUUCAUGGCAUAUCUCGAAUCAAAACCUAAACUAGAAAUAAAUUAUGCUGUAUUUGGAGCUGGUCAUCAUGAUUGGGUAAAUACAUAUCAAAAAAUUCCAAUUUAUAUUGAUCAAAUGAUAGAAAAUGCUGGAGGUACGAGAAUUAUUGAACGUGGUGUUGGUGAUUCUGGCGGUGAUUUUUAUGGUGCAUUUGAAGCUUGGAAAGAAAAUCUUUUUCAAACUUUACGAAAAGAUAAUGGUGAACAUAAUAUAAUUAGUGAAGAGAAACUUUCUAUUGAAAUUGUUAAUUUAAAAAGAAAUUUUGAACAAAUAACUGAUUCUGGUAUUCUUCUUCAAAGUAAAGUUUUGGUGAAAGCAACUGAAAUUGUACCAACAAUAAAACAUCUUGAGAUUAAACUUCCAAAAGGACAAACUUAUCGAACAGGUGAUUAUCUCGCGAUAUUACCAUCGAAUCCAGUUGAAAUUGUUUAUCGAGUUCUCAAACGAUUCAAUCUAUCUACAGAUACUCAAGUCAAAAUUCAUUGUUCUACAAAUACUUUCUUUCCGACUAAUCAUCCAGUUAGUGCAUUUGAUAUUCUAAGUGGUUACGUUGAAUUAGCUCAACCGAUUAGUAAAAAACAAAUUGAAACUCUUGCUGCAUUAUGUAAAGACGAAAAAGAAGCAGUACAACUCAAGAAUCUUAAUGGAGAUACAUAUGAAACCGAAAUUCUCAAUAAACGUAUUAGUAUAUUAGAUACUCUUGAACUUUAUUCUUCGUGUGACCUUUCAUUUGCACAAUAUCUUCGAAUGCUUCCAUCACUUCGUGUUCGUCAAUAUAGUAUUUCUUCUUCGCCUUUAUGGAAUUCGGAAGUCGUCACACUUACAUUUGAUGUAUUAAAUGUUCCCGCAUUAAGUGGAUCUGGACAAUACUUUGGUGUAGCAUCAAAUUAUCUUGCAAAUUUACGAGAAGGUAAUCAAAUUAGCUGUAGUGUUCGAGCAAGUAAUACAAGAUUUCAUCCACCUGAAGAUACAACAAUACCAAUUGUUAUGAUUGCUGCUGGAACUGGAAUUGCACCAUUUCGUGGUUUUAUUCAAGAACGAGCAGCACAAUUGGUAUGUGGUCGAAAUAUUGGAUCUACAAUUCUUUAUUAUGGAUGUCGAUCACAAGAAGAUUUUUUGUAUUCAAAUGAAUUCGAAAAAUGGUCUAGCCUUGGGGCAGUUCAAGUCAAAUCUGUGUUCUCUCGUCAAUCAAAUAAUGGUAAAAAAUAUGUUCAAGAUUUACUUUGGGAAGAUCGGAAUGAAAUUGCUAGUUUAUAUUGUAAGGGUGCACGCUUUUAUACGUGUGGAAGUGGUCGAAAAGUUGGUGCAUCAGUCAAAACAUGUUUCAUAAAGAUUAUUGCAGAAAUAAAACAAUGUAAUGAAGAAGAAGCAACAAAAAUUCUCGAGAAAAUCUCUUGUGAUCGAUAUAAUGUUGAUGUUUUCGCAUAA